AUGAGCCAGGGGCCGCGCCGCCUGCACGUACGUCCCGCAAAGCAGAACCGUACUGCGGGCAGCGGACCGCCUCAUAUUGACCAGGCGUACUGCGGAGCGGCGGCUGGUGACAGCGCUGCAUACGGCGCGGCAGGACGUAGUAAGGGAGAUACUGUAGCUCGCAGUGAACUCGAGGACACAAGAAGGUGCACCAGAUGGAGUGAGGCAACGGGUGAGCGCGUGCUCGGCUCGGCGACUGCCUCCGCCGGCGGCUGUGCAGGAGGCGGCUGCGGCCUCUGCGGCUGCGGGGAUGGGCUGCACGCACAGCCGCCGCCGCUGCCGGCUGGCUGCGUCUUGCGGCUUCUCGUGCCAGUCAGUGGGCCACAGGCGCCGGCGUCGUUGGCACGUCGCAGAGGUGCGGCUCGGCGGCCGCGCAGGGCGGGCGCCGCCCACCUGCCGUCUCGUGGCGGCGGCGGCGGCGGCGGCGGCGGCUGCGAACAUCGACCGUCCCUGCGGUCGGACGGAAGAGAUUCUGGCCCUCCGAAGCUAGCUGCUCCGAGCGUUAAGUCAAAUGCGCGGCGGCGGCGGCGGCAGUGGCGGUGGCCCGCGUACCGCUAUAAUGGAUCAGCCGAGAAUUACCACCGGCAGAUGGGGCGCGCACGGGCGAUGUGUGUGAGCAGAGCGCCCAGAGACACAGAGCAAACACAGGCUCGCUGCGGAGUAAAACACCGUGAAAAUUUAAUAUCGCCGCAGGGGGUGGAGGCGGGGGCGGGAGCGGGGGCGGGGGCGGGACGGCGCCUGUCGUCCGGCGCUGAUAACUUUGCGGGUCCGCCGCCGCCGCCGUCGCACAAAGAAGCUUCGACAGGAAAAAAAAGACUAGAAUGUUUCGGUUUCGGCACUAGCAUCGUGGCACAGUGCAGCGACGCUGGCGGCUGCGGGGACCGCAGAGCGCGCCGGCGCGCCGCAGCGCAAGUGACCAGCGAGCGCGGCGCCGUCACUUGGCGGGCGGGUCGCGUUUCGGUGACACGGCGGGCCGGCGUGGCGUGCAGUCGCGACCGCGGACGCGAGGCGUCGGCGUCGGCGGCGGCGGCGGCGGUGCCUGGCACGGCGCACGGCUUGGUGCGCGAGACGGAGGCGGCGCUCAAGUCGCUGUCCGGCUCGUGGCCCGGCCCGCGGGCCUCGUUCUACGGGCCUCCCGCAGAUCCGCCGCCUGCCUUCGAGAACCUGUUCGAGGAGAAGAAGGUCGAGCAGCACCAGCUGGCGUCUCCGGAACAUACUGAGGACAUCAAGCCCCACAUCGCUGCCCAGCACUCACCGCAGCAGCAGGACGUAAAGCCAGUGCUGCUGCCGUCCACGGGCGAGAUCGUCAAAGAUCCUGCACAGCUGACUCCUUCAGUGAAAGCCAACGGCGCUGGCUCCAGCGGGGGUGGAGAUUUGGAGAACCUGCUGAAGAUCGAGAACGAGUGCGCGAGCGCCCAGUCCAAGGUGGGCACAGCGACGGCCGGUAGCGACACGACAGGACCCAAGUUCUCGCAGCCACGCUACGAGCCAGACUUCAACGAACUGGUCGAUGAUUCGUCAAACGAGCUGGAAAUCGACAUGUCAGACCCGUCAGCAACCGGUGGGGCCAGCGGCACCGUAACGGCGCAAAGCGACGUUAAGGAACGAGCGGUUCCCAAAGCGGUGGAUGGGCAGCAUCAGCCGACGGCGUCCCCGGCCUCCGUUACGUCCGCUUUCAGCCCCAACAACUCGGCGGCAACUUCAGCAUUUCGCACUCCUACCACAACAAAGGUGCCUCCACCGUUGGACCCUCUGGGCCCGUUCCCCGCAGCUGCCACAUUCGUGGGUUACCCUGGUGCGAGCGCGGGCCCCGAGUCCAAGCCGGGCAAGCCGGGGGCCGCUGAUCUCCUGAAGGCGGUUUCGCAAGCGCCCGGCUCCGGCGGUGGCCUGCCCAGCAAAGCAGCGCACCAUUACACCGUGCUCAAGGGCGGCGCUGCCACCGGGGCUGUUAACGGCACGGCCGCCGCCUGCCACGACGCCAAGCAGUACACCGUGCUGCAGCCCGCGGGCGCCGGCCAAGACGUCGUGGUCAGCGUAGAGCCAGCUAAGCCGCUGCCGUCGCCGCCCGCCAGGACAGAGGGUAGCCGCUGUCCUACGCCUGGUUGCACGGGGCAAGGUCACGUCACUGGACUCUACUCGCAUCAUCGCAGCUUAUCCGGAUGCCCAAGAAAAGACAAGGUGACACCUGAAAUCCUGGCGAUGCAUGAGACAAUUCUGAAAUGCCCCACCCCCGGUUGCAAUGGGCGGGGCCAUGUUAGCUCCAACCGGAACACCCACCGCAGCCUGUCGGGCUGCCCGCUGGCCGCCGCCUCCCGGCUGGCGGCGCGCCUCAGCCGCAAGCAGCAGCAGCUCCACCAGCGCCUGCCCCCAGUUGGCGGCACCACGUGCCCACCAGAAUUCGGCUUCAACUGUGGGACUGGUGGCAGCGUUACUGGGAAUCCUGGUCCGAAAACAGAGGGGACUCCAAACAAAUCUUGCUACGGAAGCAGUGACACCCAGCAACAGCAGCAGCAACAGCAACAGCAGCAGCAGCAGCAGCCGCCGCCACCGCCGCAACAGCAGCAGCAGCAAUUCUACAAGAAGCCCAAAUCACCUGAGUCGGCCAUCGCUGCUGGCGGUCGCCUCAUACCGAAGUCUGAAGUAGUAUCGGCUGCCAGUUGCUGUUCGGUGACUCUGAAAGUCGAGGCGGGUGCCGGGAGUAACUCGGAGCCCUACCUCAGUCACGACUCCAACUCGUCGUCAGUGUCGAGCAUGGAGCCGCCGCCGCCGCAGCAGCCGGGCCCGCCACCCAUGGGCUACGGCAUCGGAUACGAACCGCUGCCUCCGCCGCCGCCUCCGGUGGCGUCCGCCGAGGAGCUGUACGGGCGGUACGCGGGGCGGCCGGGCGGCGGGCCGGGUCCGGUGCCGGCGCAGUACAUCGGCCAGGGCUCCCCCUACGAUCCCGCAGCGGCGGCCGCUGCCGCAGCCGCUGCAGCCGCCGCAGCCGCCGGCUACGACCAGCAGCGCUACCCGCAGCUCUACGCCACGCCCACCACCUACCAGGAUGACUACCAGCAGCAUCCUCAGGAGCAGCUGCCGCUGCUGAAGACGGAACCGGUGACAGAGCCGCUGUACCCGCGCCCCAUGUACCACUUCGAUCCCAACGGCGGGGCGCUGCCGCCCGGCUUCUCCUCGGCCAUCAACCUGUCCGUCAAGUGUGUAGCGGCAGGCCAGCUCAAGGGCAACACCUCACCCGGCGGCUCCGUCAUGGACCUGUCCACGUCCAGCGUCACCUCCACCAGCCCGCAGGGCCCGGCAUACGGCGCGAGCAGCCUGAGCCCGCACUACGCCGGUCCGCGGGGCUCCAGCCCGCAGGCGGCGACCAGUCCACACCUCUCCGCCAGUCCGCACGUGCCCAGCCCGCAGGGACAGACUCUGGACCUCAGCGUCAGCAGGGUGCCCGCGAGCGGCGCGCCGAGCCCCAUGUACCCAGGCGGCGCCUACCUGACGGCGGCGGCGACGGCGGCCGCAGCUGCUGCGGCAGCGGCAGCGCCCCCGCGCGACGAGCAGACGGAGCCGGUGGACUUCUCGACGGCUAACGAACCCGUCAACUUCAGCCGCGGGCCCGUUUUCCCCGCGGGCGCAGCCGCCUACAGCCGCGAGUCCACGCCCGACAGCGGCUCCCACUACCUCGACUCCUACCGCGAACACGCCAACGGCGGGUGGUAUGUCGCAGGGUACGCGAGUCCCCACCCAGGCUACGCGAUGCAGCAGGCGGAGUACCCGCCAGCGGCCAACAGCUACGCCGCCUACUCCUACUCGUGCGCCAGCGGCUACCCGGGGGGCGGCUACGCGGCGCCCGUCUCCUCCGGCUACUCGCCCGCUGCGCCCUGCUACGCCAUGCCGCCCCCGCAGCCGCCGCAGCCGCCCCUCGACAAGCCUAUCAAGGAGGAAGGCCUCUCCGGUUGCCCACGAGCCGACCGGUCACAAAUCCAGGCGCACUCACAGGAGCUGAAGUGCCCGACACCGGGGUGCGACGGCUCAGGUCAUGCCACCGGUAACUACUCGUCCCACCGUUCGCUGUCGGGAUGCCCACGCGCCAACAAGCCCAAAAGCAAGCCGCGCGACGGUCAGGACUCCGAACCACUCAGGUGCCCCAUCCCCGGCUGCGACGGCUCCGGACACGCCACCGGCAAGUUCCUGUCGCACAGGAGCGCGUCGGGCUGCCCCAUCGCCAACCGCAACAAGCUGCGCGUGCUCGAGUCUUCGUCCUCGUCGUCUGCAGCGGUGGCCGGCGUCUUCGAGGGCAGUGGUUCGUCUUCUUGCCCGGCCCCCGCCUACGACGGUCCCGGUCACACCGAUGGUUCCUCCUUCCUCGCGCACCAUCGAGCCACGCUGUCCAGCUGCCCCCUGACUGUUGCCGCCCCCGGAACGGGCACCCAUCACCCGCCACCCCCCGUUCCAGCCCCGGGGACUGCGGCCGCUGCAGCAGCUGCUGCUGCAGUUGCCGCAGCCGCCGUUGCAGGACCACCGGCGCUCGUCAAGAAGGCACACAAGUUCACCGAGGAGCUGUACUCCAAGGCGCCUCCAGAUAUUCAGUAUUUUAACAAUCCAACAUGUGGAAGGCAGCACACUUCUAAUGCAGCAUCGUUUAAUAUUGGAAGUAUAGAAGGCCCUGUCAAUGCAGUGGGUUCUGGCAGUGAAGACUUGGUGACAUUAGAAGCAGAGAUCACAGAAUUGCAGCGUGAAAAUGCUCGUGUUGAGUCACAGAUGCUCCGUCUACGCACUGAUAUAACAGCCAUGGAAGCACACCUUCGUCAUGGAGAAAAGGAGAACCAGAUGAUUAGCCAACGCAACAACAAUCUAAAUGAAUACUACGAAAACCUUCGAAAUAAUGUUAUUACUUUACUGGAGCAUGUGAGAUUACCUGGUGGAGGUAGUGGACAACCAGGAAUUGGACCUGCUCCUGGAGAAAAGUUGGUUCAUGAUAAUUUUGACAGCUACCUCAGUAAGCUUCAAACCCUAUGUACUUCCGAUGGUUACUGUGAUGCCGAAGGUAAUCGACCAUUGUAUGAAACUGUGAAAUCUGCUCUACAAGACUUUACUGUACUGCCUACACCCAUCUGAAUUUAACAAACAAAUUAAUAUGAUCUGCAGGUUGAUGCUGAGAAAAUUAAUUAUUGAUCCUACCAUUUACGGAUAAUGUGUGAGUCAGUUGGCAUUAUCGUGAAAUAGUGCUGUGAAUGAAUUAGUAUGCAGUGAUCUUAGUAUGUAUUUGACUCAACAGUAGUGUCUUUGACACCAGAUACUUGGGUUGUUACCCAUGCUACCUUUUUUAAUGAUUAUCAGCUAAUUUUGUGCAUCUAUGCUGGUGUGACUACUUGUGUCUGAACCUGUGAUCCCCGACCUGCAAGUGCAUCUGUGCAAUUGAUUGUAGGCAUAAAAUAUCAACGAAUUCAACUGUGUUGUGAUUAAUAGUUUAUACAGACUUGUAAGUAUUGUAAUCCUCAAUGCUAUAGGUCAGUGUUGUAAUAGAUCGUUUUCUUUGGGAGAUGUCUGUAUUAACACCACUCUUAAAUGCUACAAUGAAGACAAAUGUGGUAUAUGCAGCAAUGGAUUUAAUUAAAAAUUAAAUUAUUUCACAUUUCUGAGUGGUUUACUCAUGUUUCCAAAAACUAUGUCCAAUGUAGAUGAAUUUGCCAUUCAUGUGUGACAGUUGAUUUUGUUGAUUGUCCUUGGAUGUGAAUUCACUAGAGUGACAUUCUACUCCAUUGAGAAUAAAUAACACGUUGUUGUGUAUCCUAUGUAGAAUAAAUAUUCUGUUUGUUAGAGCAAAAAAAGAAAAGUGUUAUUUACGAGUAUUACAUGAUCAUUGUACAAGACUAUUUUUGUGCACAUCCCUUCAAGUUUUAUGAUUUCUUGUGUAAGACUACAACAGUCAAUACUUUAUUACCAUAAGCAAAAAGUUUCAAUGGAAAUACAGGGCAAUAUAUUGACACUACAGUAAUGAUAUUUUCUAUGAGGUAUAUUUGUCCUCUCCUGUAACUGGAUAUGACAUCAUGGUGCUAGAUGAAGGUGUUGCAGUCAUGAAUGACAUCUGAUACAUUUUUUGCAAUUGUCUUAAGUGAAGAAUAAGAAUAUUGUUUGUUUAUGCCUCAACAGAUAGCUUGUUAGACUGAUGUGUUUUUGUUUGUUGUUGUAUUAUUGAUUUUUGUUAAUGCCAUUUAAGCAGAAGUUGCUGUUUAUGCCAACAUAAUGGCAGCUACAAAUAUUUAUCCCUAUUAAAUGUUAUAAAAGCCUUAUAUGUAAUCUUCUGUGAAAGAAAUACUUUCCAUUUUCAUUUAUAUGUACUUAGCGUGUAUUUAUUUUUUGAAAUCUGAAAAACACACCAAAUUUUUCUAAAGUUCAACUGUAACGUGAGAAUGACAAGAAAAUUUGGAACUACAUAAGAGUGUGCAAUGCAUGUAAUGUGAUUACAAAGUAAAUACUGUAUUAGGCAAUAUCUCAGUGUUCUGUAAAUUAUUCUGCUUGUUAUUUGUCUACACUAGGAUUGGUUUACUUAUGAAAUUUGUAAAACAAAAAUUAAAUCAGACAAAGCUGUGCUCUAAGCUGAAAGUACACAUAUAAUUAUUUGCAUUAAUGUUACCUUCCUGUGUAAUGUAUAGUCCGUAAUGCUGUUUAUUUUAAACUGGACAGAUAGGUACUACAGGAUAAAAAAUUUCUUGUUUCAAAUGCCUGCAUCCUAUGAACUGUGAAUUUUCCAAGGAGUUUGACAAUUCAUUAAGCACUUUAAAUCUAAUACAGUACUUACCAAGAAUAUAAUUUUAAUGCUUUAACAAAAAUGAUAUUAAAUUUAUUUUUUGUUCAUGUAAACAAAAUAAAAAUAAAUUGUCUAGAUGUUUUUUAAGAAACAAUUGCUACUCAUGAUGUCAAUCACUGGAUUAAAACUGAACCUGUGCAGUUUACCAAUUUUAGGUAAAGAACAAUCAGUAUGGCCUUUUGCCAUGUGCUGAAAGCUCAAAAGUUAUUAGAAGUUAGAGACAAGGUUUUAACCACUGGGAAAUAACAUGUACAUAGGAUACCAAGAGAGUAUCAAUAAAACAAUCAUCUUUCUGCAUGUUUAUAUUGCAGCUUGUAUAAAAGAUGAUGGAUGUUUAGGUAACAGCACAAGUCAAUGCAUAUUUUCUGGUCAUUUUAUUUUGUAUUUUUGUAAUGCUAUGAAAAAAUGUUGAUAUACUGCUUUGUAGCCUCAAAAAACUAAAAUCAAGACACUCACAAAGAGAAAUAUUUAAUUCAGUUGACCUUCAUUAGGUUCUCCAACAGGUGUUGUACAAGCAUUUGCAGCUGCUUCUGAAAUUUCAUGAUGUGAUGAUAGUUUUAUAUACAUAUUCAUAUUUUAGUAUCACUUCAUAUGUAUUAUGUAUUGUCAAAAUAUAUUACUGUUAUGAUGUACACUGUUAUCUCAGACCCUUAUUCAUAAACACGGCUCAUUAACCACUGGAGCAACUGCAAAUGCCAUAGCUGCAGCACAUAACAAAUUAGUCUGUCUCCAGGUGUAAUAUAGAAUUCAUUAACUAUCAUCAGUGUAUAGUAUAUAUGUGUUAAUGAUGUUAA